AUUUGUCGUUUCAAGUUGUUCUUUGUAAUCUUUUAUUUGUUUUUGUUGGGCUAUUAUUAUGUUUUGUAGUUCUGUAAUGUCUUUAAUCUUGCGUAUUUUUUCCUUUUAAAAUAUAUGAAAGAUUUUUUUUAAUUCUUCAUUUUUAAGUAUACUUUGAUAUAAUAAUAAUAAAUUGAAGUUUUUAAAAGAAAAUCACCUCUGAUUGAUCCAUUAUUGAUUUUUAGUAUCGUUGCGGUAACUAACAAUGUAUUACUAGUUUUGGCUUUUGAGAUUUCUGAUAUUUUUUUCGAAUAUAUUUUGAAUAAGCCGUUAUAGAAUUGUUUGUCGCGCUAGCCGUAAGAUGUUUCUUUUUCGUGUUCAAAAGCUUCGCGGUUGUCUUAGUUGAUAAAAAAGGAAACUCAGCAUUACAUUUGGCAGUAACUCGGUCAACACCCAUGAUAGUACAGCUGCUGAUAGCUUUUGGCGCGGAAAUCAGCGCGAAGAACUGGAAGUCCCAGAGUCUUCGUCAUCUCGUCGACAAAGACACCAAUGAAGGUCAAAAGAUAUUGUAUAUCUUGCGCGCAGUCGGUGCUGAACGCUGUCCGCUCGACAUGAAGGAUUGCAGUAUUGGCUGUAAGAACAACGAAAUUUUCUACGGCAUUGCACCGCCUGAACCGCCUACAGCUAUGUCUCGGACCGUCCUUGAUCAGAUGCUUUACGUAUCGAGAAUGGAAAAGGUAGCCACGAAGAAGCGCAAGCACACGAAAGGUGUACGGUUGCUAUGUCGAGACGGAGGUGGUAUCAGAGGCUUAGUUCUCGUGCAAACUUUUCUGGAGAUCGAAAGCGUGCUGCAGAAACCUGUAUCGAGCCGUUCCGAUUGGAUUUCUGGUACUUCCAUUGGUAGGUACUUUUUUUAGUCGCAUUUAUAUUUUGUGAGAGUAUAUAUUUUUAUUAACACGCUGCUCUAUUAGGAGGAUUUAGGCACUCGGCAUACCGCAGGAAAGAAUUUGAAGGAGUGUUAGGCUCUCUAAUAAAUGAUAAUGCAUUCGUGGGAAGACGAUCGUAUGACAGUGAGCCUUUGGAAAAUGCAUUGAAAGAAACGUUAGGUAAGAGGAGCAAGAGAAAUGAACUCAAAAUUUACAACAAAUUUUACUUAAUUAUUUAUCUCUCUAUAGUUAGGUGAGGUGACGGUGAUGGCGGCCAUUUAAAGUUCUAAAUUGAUGAUCACUGAUGUUCUGGCUAAUCGAAAGCCUGUAGAUCUGCAUUCGUUCCUGAAUUACGAUUUCCCGAGUAAAAUUCUGAAUAUUCUACUCAGCGAUAAAUUUAAGGCGACUCUUGAACCGGGGGAGCAGUUGCUGUGGAAAGCAGCAAGAACGACUGGAGCUGCGCCUUUCUAUUUCCGAGCUUUUGGGCGGUUUCUCGACGGAGGCCUUAUUG